AUGCACGCCAAUGCGAGAAAGAACCGAAUUGAGGCCGAAGAACGGCUGAAGGAAUACGACCUUUUCUGCGACACCCGUGCAGGCGACUUAGGUUCUUCCAUCCGCAGUAGCAGUGUUGCAAAGCAGGAACUAGAAGCAAGGAUCUCAAAAGCAGAAGGGACGAUCCAAUCUCUAAGUCGCCGCCUUCAGGAGGCCAUCUCUGGAAUUGAGUCCGAUGAGGCAAACCUAGAGUCAGUGACAAGCCUUCGCAACAAGGAGAAAGCUCAGUUCGAGAGUGCUCAGAAGGACUUGACGGACUCUGCAGAAUCCAUGCAGCAAGCAGUUCGGAUGUUGGAGAAGGCCUCCAAGGGUCGUGGCAAGUCUGGACUUUUACAGUUUCAGGAGGCUCCAGAUGCUCAAGCUACAAUCAAUGCUCUGGCAUCUGGUGCCACUGGUGAUCCCAAUGGCCUGAGAUUUCUCAGAAUGUGA